AUGCCUCGCUAUCGAGUUGGGGUGGAGGAAUUAGAGAAGAGUGAGGAGCCACAUGACGAGGUGUCACCUAGUAGACAGAAGGCGAGUGUGUCGACUCCGACGGAAGCGGCUAAGGCACAGCGACAGAAGGAGCUUUUGAGGAAGAAAAAAGUGGAGAGAAGAGCGAGAGCUGCUGAGAAACAACAACGAAAGGAUGAAAAGAAGCAGAAGCGAGAGUUGGAAAAGAUGAUGGAAGAAGAUGUACCAGCGGUUGAUAGAGUUGAGUCGCUAUGUGCUGCUGAACCUGAAGAAGUGCGGACAUUGGAGGCGAGUACUAAAUCACUGAAUGAGGCUGAAGACAUAAUGAGUGAAAAUCUAAUCGUGAGGCCGUUGGAGGAUUCUACCAAUUCAACGACGAUCGAGAUGCUACCGAAGAAAUUGAAAGAGCCUUCUCACGAUUCGGCAGCGCUGACAAUCCAGAAGGCUCUGAAGAAGAAAUUCAAGAAAUGUAAAACAAUGUUUCGACAAUCUCCCAGAGUCUUCGCUGAGGAAGUUGUUAAUCCACCACUAGAAGAAGUAGAACCACCAAGCACUUUGGCCACAGAUACUGAACUUGGUCCUCCGAUCGAAAUUAUCACGACUGCAUUGCCAUUACCACAGCCUGAGGUAGUUAUUCCUCCAUUGGACCUACCUCAACUGAAGCCGUCCACCUCACCACGAGCUUCCUCAUCUUCGAGAUCGUGUUCCUCGUCCUGUUCCUGUUCAUGUUCUGAUCCAGGAUCGUGUUCCUCGUGCUCUUCCUGCUCAUGCUCUUGUUCCUCCAGUUCUAGUUCAUCCGAGACAAAUAGAAGCUUUCAGCGUCGAAGAUCUAAUCGUACAGCUCGACCUCCACAUGACCACAGAAGAAAUAGUCGUCAACACACUACACGAUCUUCUCGAAGACAUACUCUCAGUCAUAGCGGACCUUCCUCUUCGUUAUUACCAGAGUUUGAGGAGAAGAAAUAUAGCGAUCUGCAUCACUUCAUGGCGAUGAGGAUCCAAGCACUUGUACGUGGUUACCAUGGACGAGUAAAGGCACGACGACGACAACUUGAACUGGACGAAGAGAUCCGAGACGAAGCUCUUCACGAGUUACAGCAAGAAGCUGUCGUCAAGAUUCAGACCAGAGCCCGUGGAGUCCUGGUACGUAAGAAGAUGCCGAUAUCUGACAAGGAGAGGCGACGGCGAAGACGAAAGCGGUCUCAACUUCAGUCCAUGUCACCACCAAGACCUGUACAUGGAGACUCGGACGAGGAACAUGGGAUUUAUUCUGAUCCAGAUGAGGUUGGCGAGUGGCCACAAGAAAUCGACUUGGAAGUACUGGACGACUGGCAGGAUUUGAAUCAAUCGGCUACACCUGGUGAGAGUGUGACGCAGACUCAAUUCCUUUCUAGGGGUAGACUACGAGUGUUUUGUGGCACCUGGAACAUGCAUGCCAAGAAACCCACUGAUGACUUACGUCUCUGGAUUCGGUUAAACAAAUAUCACAUUGUGGCAGUGGGGAGCGAAGAAUGUGUGAACUCAAUCGCGAAAAGCGUCGUGUUCACAUCUAAGAAAACCUGGGAAGAUCAGUUAAGGAACACGCUGGGAGAAGACUACAUUCUCGUGGCGUCGCAUGCCCUCACGGCGAUACACAAUGUCGUGUUUGUACACACAAGUGUCUUGCCAUUACUCGGCAAUAUCCGAUCAGAUGCUGUCGCGACGGGACUUGGCAAUCAGCUUGGCAACAAAGGAGGCGUCGGAAUCGCCUUCACUGUGGGCUAUACGAGCUUCGCCUUUGUCAAUUGUCACUUUGACGCACAUCAACGCAACGUUUCCAAGCGGAAUGGCAAUUUUCAUCGAAUCAACCAUGAGCUCAAACUCUCGCCUUCAGCAGCUACGUCGUUAUCCUUGACAAACGAAAUGGCUGUGGCUCCACUAAUCCUUGGCAGUCCUAACAGUAAUGGACUACAAGGACUCGGCCGGACAUCGGUGAAUCGAUUCUCCAUGCCGACGGUUGUUAACGGAGUCUCAGCUGGUUCAAAACGCACCGUGAGCGAGAUCUUCGACCGGGUGUUUUGGUAUGGUGAUCUCAAUUACCGUAUUAACGGUACUAGACGUAUGGUCGACACUCUGCUGCUUCGGAAUCAGUACGAAGUGCUGUAUGCGAACGACCAGCUGCAACGCGAGAUGAAAGUUGGGAAUGUGUUUCCUCACUUUCGAGAAGGUCAACUACACUUUCGACCCACGUACAAAUUCGACAAACGCAGUGAUGUGUACGACACGUCCUCUAAGCAGCGUAUACCUUCCUGGACGGAUAGAGUGCUGUAUCUGUCGAAUGAUAAGCUGCAUGAUAUCGAGCUCCUUAGCUACCGCAGCCAAUCAAACUUUCGCACGUCGGAUCAUCGACCCGUGUGUGCCACUUUUCAAGUCAAUUUCAGUGCAACAGGAGUCGCAGAUUCACUAAAAUCGCCCCGUACGAGUGGAAAAUCUGAUGGCAAUCAUGUAACCAGUCAAGCGUGCUCUAUACAAUAA